GACCACCUUGUUCCUCGCACUCUCAUCAUCCUCCGUAAUACUGCUUCCAGUCUCUGCUCAGCUUCCCAGGACGAUAGCAAACACAACUUCUGCCCAUUAAUGAUGGAUAACAAGCCAGAGGAAUGUUCAGUGUGUUUUAACGAUUAUGACGACAAUCGGCUACGACCUCGUACACUGCCAUGUGGCCACACAUUCUGCUCCCAGUGUAUUGACAAUGCUAUCAAGAAUAGCCAGCUGACCUGCCCCAGCUGCCGUGCCGAGCACGCUGCCACAGCCUCUACUCAGUUCCCAAUUAACUAUGCUGUGGAGGCUUUUGUUAGGAAACUAAAAAAUAUCCAGCUAACAACUGAGGAAGUAGUGCCAGCAAAACCUUAUGAAGGUCCCGCCAGAGGCAUCAGUAAGACAUUACGUUCCAUGGUGCAGGAGCAGAAGAGCAGCAUCAGCCACCUCAUUAUUAGCUGUGAAGAGGUACUGUCCCAGCUGGGGGAGUACCGGGGGCAGCUGGGGGACUGGAAGACUCACCACCUUCAGCUCCAGGACAGACUCUAUGCUCUGGUAGAGCAGAACAAGUCAGCAAUGAAACUCUUGGAACUGGAGGAUACCAGUGUGGUAGAUAUGACAACACAAGGAGAGGAAGGGAAGACUCAGCUGCAGGCCAUGUUGGGGAGCCUCGACACAGUCAACACCCCACAGGAGGUUGGCACAACCAUAGACACAGCUGAUGGGUGCAAGAUAAAGGUAGAAGAUUGGCUCCGGAACUGCCAGGAACUCUUCCCAGAUGUCAAGACUGUCCACACCUCAGUGAAGGUGCAGGAGACCAUCAGGGAGGCCCUGGAGAUGAUGACCACAGAGACAGGU